AUGCGUCCUAUAGUAUGUAAUACUGAAUUAGCUUUCAUUAUUCCAACUAAUAAAGAAAAAAAAGUCUCCAUGAGUAUCGCAGUUAAAAUUUAAAUUAGAACGUAAAAUGAAAACUAGCGACGAAUAAAUUAAAAAUGCACGCUCAAGAUAUUAAGAACUAUUUUAUUAAUAGGAAGCCAACUUAGAAUAUUUGUAUGAUUAAUUAACAGAAAGAAUAGAAAAAUAUACUCUUCAAAAAUAAAAACAAUUAGCAAGCAAAGCAAAAUAUGCAUGUGAUUACAAUUUUAGAUGGAAAUAAAGACUCUAAGAACAAAAAUGGUUAGAUAUUUAUAUGAGUAGGUUUGUCAGCUGA